AUGAAGGACAUGAGAUUUUUGUUUUUUUCUAUAAUUGUUUGUUCUGUAUGUGCAUUUUGUUUUAGGCAACACAAGAAUGGAUUUGUGCAAAAUGAAAAUAAAAAACCGUUUAAUAGGAAUAGAUUAAGACCGUUACAUGUUGUUAGUACGUAUAAAGAAUUAUUAAUUAAAUUAAAUCGUGAUCAAUCAGAUAGUUAUGUAAUAUCACUUUAUUAUAGUACAUUAUGCACAUAUUGCAACAAAGUAACAAAUUUUUUAGAAAAAAACAAAAAUAUUGAAAUUAUUAAAAAUUAUGAAAAAAGCAAAUUAGAAGAAGUAUCAAAAACUAAUAAACCAAUAGUUGUUUUAUUAAAAAAUAUAAACAAAGAAAAUUCAUAUGAUAGAAGUGAAUUUUAUUAUGAAUUAAAAAUAAAAGGAAAUAAAUUUCAAGUACCAGCAGUGGAAAUAAAUGAUUGUAUUAUGUUUGAAUCUAAUGAUAUAAUUAAGUUAUUUGAGUUUUUGUUAAAUAAAAUAAAAAAAUAA